AUGAGUACAAAGUUGUGCCAGUGUCAGUGUGCGGGCUUUUGCCUGUCGCUCCUUGGCUGGAUCUGCUCUUUGGCAGCGACGGUGCUGCCUCAGUGGCUGACCAGGAACACCGACUUGCUGCAGAGCGAGAUAUUCUUUGUUGGCAUGUGGGAAACGUGUGUGGCCCAGGACGAGGGUCCGGUCCAGUGCAAAGCGUACGACAGCCUCCUGGGCAUGCCAGACGACAUCCAGCUCACUCGGAUUCUCAUGUGCGUCUCCGUGGCGCUCGGUCUGUUGGCCUUGCUCUUCACCCUGUCCGGAUUGGACUCCAUCACUUGCUGCAGUGACCAGGAGACCACCAAGGGGAGGUUAGCCGUCGGCGGGGGAGUGUCCUUCCUGCUCGCUGGAAUUACAACCCUCGCCCCGGUCUCCUACAUGGCCCACCUGACCGUGGUCAACUUCUGGGAUACUGCCGUCCCCGAGUUUGUGCCGCGGUGGGAGUUUGGCCCAGCCUUGUUCAUCGGGUGGUUGGGUGGCUUCCUUCUUGUCUUCGGAGGCCUCCUGCUAAUCACAUCCCAGUGCUGCUUUCGCCAAUCCGAGGGGAACCUCCAGCUGCAACCACUACCUGUGAAGAGAGCUCUGUGGCACAAAACAGAAUAUGUCUGA